AUGGCGCCGGUGCCCUUGGAACCCGAAGUGAAGUACCUGCCUUUGAGCUUGGUGGCUGGCCACGCGCUUGCAGUGGCAAUUCUCGGCACCACUGUCGUUCGAAGCCUGUACAGGUCAUAUCACCACUUGCCGCCAUCUCAGGGAACAAGAGCAAGACAUGUUCGCCGUUCAGCUCUUGCGCCCUUAUUUGCAGGGUUGGCACUCGUUAGCUUGUCUCUUGCAGGCUACUGGGCCUCAAGCUAUGCAAAACUCUCAUAUCGUGUUUGGGCAGACCAGCGUGGGCUUGAAGCCCCAGUUCGCUUCUCUGGCGAUCAUGGAGUCGUACCCAGCGAAAACGCGACCCAAGUUUUCAUUGGCCGCUGGCUAAGUGACACUCCAAUCCACUUGGACGCUCUCGAGAUCAUCGCCGAGAAAGCUCGUCGGUUCUGGUGGGGCCAGCAGAUCGAGCUCGCAACCAUGUCAUGGAGCUUGCUGCUGGCCGUCGAAGGCAGACGAAGGAGAAUCCCCUCUGUUUGGGCCUACCUCGGACUAGCACACCUUGUCAGCCUUUCAUUCGCCCAGAACCUCUUCUAUCUCGCAUUGCUUCUUGCUCCGGCUCCGACCACUACAGCAGACGACAGCCAUCCUGUCUCUACACUAGGACGCAUGCGCAAGAGAUUCUUACCUGUGAAGCCUGUCAACUGGACGCCACACCCGGCCUUACUCUUGGCAUCAUUCUGCUUUACUUACGUUCUGAUAUACUGGGCUCCAUCGACAACAGGCACGGCGGCAUUUGGCCGCAUCGCAAUCUUCGGGCGACUUCUGACGUUUGGUCCUAUUGUCAUCCCCGCCGUCGUUCCAGCUAGUUGGGGCUCAGUAUACUCUGAUCCUCACGGAGCAUAUAGCAUACUCACCGAACUCUUUCGCUUUGUAUCCACAGCGAGUUUCGCCUUCCACGUCAAAGGCACCGCGCUUGCUUUGCUUUACAAUGCGCCAAAUGCCCACUAUCAUCGUCAUAGCCGGUUCUUACCUUUCGACAUAGAGAAACGCUCGACGUGGGAGCGUACAACAACGGCGCUUGGAAAAGUCUUGGGAUCGGCAUCCGACCAUCCUGUUGUAGCUGCUGUGGCAUGGGACGUUUUGCUCAGCGGAGUCAGCCAAGGGUUAUGGGCGGCUACACGUGUGUUGGAUGUGAAUGACAUUCUAGCCGCCUCUACUCCGUUCGCUCCGAACGAUUCAUCGAAGGCAAAGCCACAACCCAGACUACUGGGAGGAAGUGACAAAACAAAGCCGGAUUCGGAAUCGUCCAGCCACACCAACACAAGCAAGCCCGCAGAAAUGACUAUUUCAGAGACGCCUGAGACUAGAAGCACCCGCCGAGGCCAUACCCUGAAGCGUACUGCAAACCCCGAGGAGGCACCAGAAGAUGCGUAUGAGCCGAGCCCUGCGGAAAGCCGCGCUGCUGUCGAAGGCGAUGAACUCCCCGACGGCGAUGUGGACUGGGAAUCUGCAGCGUUGUCUUGGGGUCUCACAGCUCUGGGAGGCCUUGGAUCUAGCAGCGCUGGUGUUUUUGGGGCCGAGUGUACAUCUCGAUGA